AUGUCAGGAGGAAUUGAAACUACUAUUUCAGCAAAUGAAAGAGAAAAUAUUACAAGUUUUCUACUUCAGACAACUAAAGGACUUAAUCAUUUACAUAUUUCUGGAGGAUUUCAACCAAAAGAAGAUGAUAUUUUAAAAUAUAUAAAAAAUUUUGACACAUUAAAUGAAAAUUCAUUUCUUGAUUAUGUAUAUAUUGUCAAAGAUAUUAAUUUAUUAAUGUUUGAUGGAUCAGUUCCAUUUCUAUUUGAGGAGAUAUUUGAUGAUAAAAACAAAGGAAAACUAAAAAGUAGUGCUAACAUAGUAGAUUUUUUUAAUUCAAAAAGAUUUAUUACCAAAUAUUAUAGUAAAAUUAUUGUUAUUUUACUAAGGAAUGCUGAAUACUUGACUGAAUUUAAUAGUUUAUUUUUAAAAAAUUUUUUUGAAAUUCCUCAAUGCACAGAAAUUUUGAUUAAAUUCAUUACAGUUUCAAAGUUACCAUGGCAUGUAAUUUCUACUAAAGUAGGUAUCAGACCAUCAACAAUGGAAAUUGUUUUAUCACCUUUAGAUAGAGCUGAAACAGAAUGGUACUUGUUAAAUUCACUUUGUAAUUUCUUUGAAGAUAAAGAAAAUUCUGCUUUCUAUUAUAAGAGAAGUGAACUAGAAAAAUAUGUUGAUGUGUUUCUACAAGCUACUUAUACAUUUUGUAGAGAUAUUAAUGCUUUACUAUUUCUAGCUAAAAAAUGUUUGGAAAAGUUAACCAACAGAAAUAUAGGAAUAUCAGGGAGUAAAGCAAAAGAGUUACAAGACAUAAAUGUAAUUAUUUUUGAUGUUUUGUCCUCUUACUACAUGGGUAAACAAAAUAAUUCAGAAAUUUCGAAAAAUAUCAAUUUACCAGUUAUAGUUAGAUAUGCAAUAGUUGCUGCUUACUGUGCUUCAUUUAAUCCUCCUUCUUCGGAUAAAAGAUUUUUUGUGAAACAACAUAUUAAACAACGAAAGACAAUGUAUGAUGUUAAAAAAGAUCCAAAAAAUUCUCUUCAUGAAUUAGGACCAAAAAGUUUUUCUGUAGAUAGAUUUAAAAUGAUUUUUUCAUUUUUAUUAUCAAAACAAGAUGUUAUUGAUCCUUUGAGUGUUGGGACAGCAGAUAUUCUUGAAAAUUUAUGUAAUCUUGGUAUGCUUGGUAGGUCUACAAAACAAACAAAUUUUGACUUUCCAAAAUAUCGUUCAAUAUUACCAAUGGAAUUCGUUGAAAAAGUUGGAGAUUCUAUUGAUAUAACAUUAAAAAAUUUUCUUUGUGAUUUUGCAUCAUUGUAA